CUUCUCCUCCUCCUCCUCCUCCUCCUCCUACAGACAUCGCAGAGCCUCCCUACUACCUGCCUUCAUCAUAUCGUACUCUUGGGAUUCCCCAUAACGUUUCUACUAGCAAGUCUAUGGGGAAUCCCUUCGGCCUCGUCCUGCCGACCUGCGUCACAGUCACGCCAUUAUUUUCUAAUCUCUUCGGGUCCCGAUGAUGGCCGCAUUUGGGCACUGGCAGGGGCGCAGAUCUCCAACUGGCUAGCUUUACAAGUUGUACCGAGACCGAGGCUUCGCCUAAUUUAUCUAGAUGUAUAAAUUCAGACCAUGUAGUUGCAGACGCGUGCGGCCUACUUUACUGUCGGCCUCACCGUCUUUUCCUGGGUUUCAGCUGCCAUGGAUUCACUUCUACUUACUCGAAUGUCCUCAGAUCCAGAGGCGGGGACAUAUUACCAUGGCCAUUACGUCCCAACGGAUGCGCAAGUCACAGAGUACCAAUCUACCCACGAACCUUGGGCUAAGUCUGUAAAAUACGGCUAUUACGGAUUAUAUUUCUUCGCCGUCACUAUCUUCAUUGCGAUCUUGUUUAAUGUUCACUUCAGGAUUCUUCAGCGACGCAGUCUCACAGCUGCGCCGAUGUCGCAGUCUCUGACCUUGCAAGAUAAAUUCUAUGCUCUCUUUCGACUACUUGCGUACCCACGAGUUCCUACCUCAGUCAAUAGAUUCAUCUCUCCAUGGUACACCGCCGGAAAUCAAGGCCAAACUUUGCUUCUUGGCGCGGGUUUCCUUUUUACUACUCUUUACUGCUUCGCGGACACAUAUUACUACAGGCCUCCGUUUUAUGGAUCUUCCCCUCUGGGAUUGCGAAGCGAAUGGCUGGCGAUGGCGAUGCUUCCAUUUCUCAUAGUAUUCGGACACAAAAUCAACUUCAUUGGUACUUUAAUAGGUAGCUCCCACGAAAAGAUGCAGGUCUUCCAUCAAGGAGUGGCGGGCCUACAUUUGUACAUGUCUCUGGUACACACCAUUUCCAUGACUAUACGCUCAAUUCGACAACAAGGAAUCCGCUAUGACUUCCGAAACAAUAGUUCCUAUCGGACCGGUUUCAUUGCCCUCGCACCAUUGAUCUGGCUUUGCUGCGCUAGCCUUCCCAUCUUCCGAAAGGCGGGGUACGAGUUUUUCUGGCUUUUCCAUCUCCUGGCUAUUGCAAUUUACUUUGGAUACUUGUGGCUCCACUGCUUUCAAGAGCUGGACGGAGCAUACUAUAUGUAUGCAACAUUUGCAGUUUUUGGCUGGGGCAUUGUGCUCCGUAUUGCUUAUAUGGUUUAUGUCAACCUGCAUAUCCAUGUCGCGCGUGUUCGUGUAACACCAUCUGGCAUGUUGAACCUCAGCAUUUCCACAAAACUCCGGUGGUCCCCCGGCCAGCAUGUAUUCCUUCGUUUCCUCAGUGUACGCCCACUAGAGUCCCACCCCUUCUCCAUCGCGAGCAUCCCGAACAGCAACGACCAACCAAAUAGCAUGUCUUUCACCAUCGUACCGAUGAAGGGUUUCACCAGCUCCCUCAAAGACUACUGUAACAGAGCUGGCGGUCACCGGGACCUAUUUGUUCUCCUUGAUGGGCCCUUCGGACAUUCAACACCAGAACUCCGGGCUUUUGACAAUGCUUUGCUCAUAGCCGGAGGCAGUGGUAUUUCAUAUAUUCUCUCUAUCUUCCAGGAUCUCGUUCGAUGCCAUAAAGGCGAAGGGGGCGAGAAGACACGGUGCAACAAAAUUGAGUUGAUUUGGGUUGUUCGUUCUAGAGAUCAACAUCAGGAGAUGGAGCAAUACGUCUCUGAUACCAUUAAUGGAAUCAGCGACGCUGGGAUUUCUGUCAGUUUCUUCGUCACCGGAAAAGAUGCUGGAGCGACGGGCAUGGAGUCGAAGAUCAGUUCGGAUGAUGACCUUGUGAGCAACAUCAAAGAAACAUCUCACUCCGAGGGGUAUUGGCACGCUGGACGCCCAAAUUUUCUUGAUAUAAUUCGAGAAAGAUCACAGACAUGGGAAGGACGUGUCGCAGUAACUGCAUGCGGUUCCGAAUCGAUGAUAUCCGAUGUUAGCAACACCGUUUCCCAAGUACAGAUUGAUAUACUCAAACAAAGGACGACGUGUAAAGAAAUGUAUCUGCAAACUGACUUUUAUGGUUGGUAGCCUGUGGUUGAUAGACCCAGGUUAGUCAACAUGUGGCUCAAGUCAAUGUCUCUAGUUAGGAAAUCGUAC